GUAUUAUUCUGUCAUUUUGAUUAUAUUAUUGUUAUUAAUUAAGUCUACCUUUCUUCUCAAUUAAUCACAACUAAAGUGUUUUUCGUAAUAAGGUUUCGUCAAAUCAUUGAAUUUAAUUUAACUUAAAGUGUUGUUAAAUUGAAUCUCUGACAAUGGAGAACUCAGAUACCCCACUAACACCACCCGCACCAACUCAUGUAAGGAAAUCCGUAAGUGUGGACACUACCGUUAGUGUGGAUGACCCAAAUAACUCAGGUGGCGAUGCUGGUAAUCAAGAAGAAGAACAGAGCAUUGAAGACCUCAUAAUCGACGUAGACUGUGAGGAAGAAAAAAACAUUGAAGAUCUUAAAAUUGAGGUAGAUUGUGAGGAACUCGAUCUCAACCACAGAAGAAUCCAAAAGCUUGAGGAUUUGGAACCUCUCAGGUGUAUAGAACGUCUGUACCUUCGCUGGAAUCUGAUAAAAAAGAUUGAGAAUCUGUCCACAUUGACUACUCUGAAAGAAUUGGAACUUUACGACAAUCAAAUCACCUGCAUAGAGAAUCUUGACACCUUGGUAAAUCUGGAGAUUCUAGACUUGUCUUUCAAUAGGAUCAAAGAAAUAACUGGACUAGAACAAUUACAGAAGUUAGAAAAGCUUUAUCUCUGCUCAAAUAAAAUUUCCAAAAUAGAAAAUGUAAAUCACUUGAAAAACUUGAACCUGCUGGAGCUUGGAGAUAAUAAGAUAAGGGUUGUUGAAAAUCUAGAAGGUCUUGAUAACCUGGAAAAACUUUACCUAGGAAAGAACAAAAUCACAAAAAUUGAAAAUAUACAUACUCUAACAAAAUUAACGUGUGUUAGUUUUCAGGCCAAUAGGCUGACAGAGAUCAGCGGAUUGGACAAGCUCACUGAACUGGAAGAACUUUACCUAUCAGAGAAUGGAAUCACAAAGAUCGAGAACUUGGAGAACAACACCAAACUGACCACACUGGACUUGGCGCAGAACAAAAUCACGUCAGUUGAGAACAUCAGCCAUCUUGAGUUACUAGAGGAGUUCUGGCUCAACGACAACAACGUGACUGAUUGGAACUCUUUGGACGUCUUGGCUAACAACAAGAAGCUGGUGACCGUGUAUCUGGACCACAACCCCAUCAGUAAGGACACCAACUACAGGCGGAAGCUGAAACUGAUAAUCCCGUGGAUUACGCAGAUAGACGCAACCCUAGCUAGAUAAGUCCUCUUCAGAUACAUGCUGGUUCUUCUACAAUGCAGUGAAACCCAAGGGCUGCAGACUGCACUUAAAGACCAAGUCACUUACAACUCCAUUGUAUGCUGCAAACCAUCUGGUUCUACAAUUAGUUGCUAAAGACAUUGACAUUUUUGUUAAAGGUUUUUAAAGUUAUGUUAUUCGCGCAAGUUAAAACAGUAUUUAGACAAUGAGACAUUUUUCCAAAUGUUAAGUUGAGGUACCAUAUUUAUUUAUAAUAAACUUGAGAAUGAUAAGGUUAAGUGAAUUUGUAUAUCUUGUGAAUACUGUAUUAGAUUGUAUUUAUGGAUCAGCAAAUGUUAACUACUUAAUAUUAUUGUAUGUAAAACUUAACCUGUUGCAGUUGUAACUUGCACAAGUGUAUGAAUGUUAAUCAGUUAAAGAGUUAAAACUGUCGUUAGACUGGUCAAACUGGACGGAUAUUUCUUAAUUUUUUAACAGGUUAAAAUAAGUUUAGCCUACGGCUUUUUUAUUCUUACAUUUGCUUGUCCACAUAGGCCUGUGCCUGGAAUUAUAACAAGCGAAGCAAGGAACGAGCUCGUCUCGGUAGAACCAGUGCAAGCUUUGGUCAGGGCUAGAUCCCAAAAAUCAAUGCAUUUUAUCUACGUGACAAUGCCAUGACCCUCUAGGUAUAGCUUGAAGUAAUGUGCAGGGUGUCUAGUAGUCGGGAAAAUCGGGAAAGUCGGGAAUUAGUCUUGAAUUUCAAAAUGGUCUUGAAAGUCGGGAUUUAGCCUUAAAUUUGAUUUCAAAGUCGGGAAUUUUCGUGAUUUUGCCGCGAUCGUCGUCUUGCGUUUACGUGACUGAAAAAGCCAAUGAUGAUGUCUACACGGCCUCGGGAAAUGUUCACGAUUUUGCCGCAAUAGUUGACGACGACGAUGACGUUUCCGUGACCGCGGGAGAUGACGUUUCCGUGACCGCGGGAGACGACGAUGACGUUUCCGUGACCGCUGGAGACGACGAUGAUUUCUGCUCGGCCGCGGGAAAUGUUCAUGAUUUUGUCACGAUCGCGGACGACGACGAUGACGUUUCCGUGACCGCGGGAGACGACGAUAAUGUCUACACGGCCGCGGGAAAUGUUCAUGAUUUUUCCGCGAUCGCGGACGACAACGAUGACGUUUCCGUGACCGCGGGAGACAACGAUGAUAUCUGCUCGGCCGCGGGAAAUGUUCAUGAUUUUGCCGUGAUCGCGGACGAUGACGAUAACAUUUCCGUGACCGCUGGAGAUGACGGUGAUGUCUAAACAGCCGCGGAAAAUGUUCAUGAUUUUGUCACGAUCGCGGACGAUGACGAUGACGUUUCCGUGACCGCGGGAGACGACGAUGAUGUCUACACGGCCGCGGGAAAUGUUCAUGAUUUUGCCGCGAUCGUGGACGACGACGAUGACGUUUCCGUGACCGCGGGAGAUGACGAUGAUGUUUCCGUGACCGCGGGAGACGACGAUGAUUUCUGCUCGGCCGCGGGAAAUGUUCAUGAUUUUGUCACGAUCGCGGACGACGACGAUGACGUUUCCGUGACCGCGGGAGACGACGAUAAUGUCUACACGGCCGCGGGAAAUGUUCAUGAUUUUGCCGCGAUCGCGGACGACAACGAUGACGUUUCCGUGACCGCGGGAGACAACGAUGAUAUCUGCUCGGCCGCGGGAAAUGUUCAUGAUUUUGCCGUGAUCGCGGACGAUGACGAUAACAUUUCCGUGACCGCUGGAGAUGACGGUGAUGUCUAAACAGCCGCGGAAAAUGUUCAUGAUUUUGUCACGAUCGCGGACGAUGACGAUGACGUUUCCGUGACCGCGGGAGAUAACGAUGACGUUUCCGUGACCGCGGGAGACGACGAUGAUGUCUACACGGCCGCGGGAAAUGUUCAUGAUUUUGCCGCGAUCGUGGACGACGACGAUGACGUUUCCGUGACCGCGGGAGAUGACGAUGAUGUUUCCGUGACCGCGGGAGACGACGAUGAUAUCUGCUCGGCUGCGGGAAAUGUUCAUGAGUUUGUCGCGAUCGCGGACGACGACGAUGACGUUUCCGUGACCGCGGGAGAUGACGUUUCCGUGACCGCGGGAGACGACGAUGACGUUUCCGUGACCGUGGGAGACGACGAUGAUGUCUACACGGCCGCGGGAAAUGUUCAUGAUUUUGCCGCGACCGCGGACGAUGACGAUGACGUUUCUGAGACAGCGGGAGACGACGAUGAUGUCAUUGAUGUCUACAAGGCCGUGGGAAAUGUUCAUGAUUUUGCCCUAAUCGCGGACGACGACGAUCACGUUGCUGUAACCGCUGCAGUCAAUGAUGAUGUCUAAACGUACGGUACAUGGAAGAUUUCAUGAAAAAAAAACAAAUUUGCUAGUUAGAAUUUUUUAUUGCUGCAUUAUUUCUUUACUUGAAAACACCACAUUAUCAUAAUACUACUUUAUGGCAAAGACAGGGGUUGGUGUAGUAUUAUUCAGAAAAUUUGGUUAAGCUAUAAAAAUUGGUAUCAGUAUCAAGAAUCGAGAAUCGAUACAUUUUGGUAUCAACACGCACUAAUUGUUGAAAAAACUAGUCUUGAAAAAUCUGGAAUUAGUCUUGAAAAGUCUGGAAUUAGUCUUGAAUUUUAUAAUGGAAAUAAACUAGACACCCUGAAUGUGUAAAACAGUUCUGGGCUAGAGCUAGCAUCCUAAAAAGUAAAGUUGGAGGGGGGGGGAUGAGCUGGUACAGUAUAAGAUUGGAAUGACGCCUCUGGGACGCGGACCCACAAGAUUGCUGUCUCCACCACUGAGCCGCUAACCGCCAUAUUUAUUCAAUUGAAUUACAUAUAGUGGCAUGUCUGAUUUUUAAAACUAAAUAUGUACCACUAAAACCUGAUUAUUUUAUUAUACUGCAAGUUUAAUUUCAUUUUACAAAAUUGUAGAUACAAUCUGACAAUCAAAUCUCUAAUUUUAGUAUAAUGCACCAAAAUAUGUUAAAACCAUGUUUUUUUUAUUGAUUCUUGAAAUUAAGGAAAAUUUUGACAAGUCAAGAUAUUAUAUGAUUUGUUUUCAAAUUGUAUGAAGUUUAAUCACAUGAUUAUAGACUGUGCAUUUGUGAUUCUCUAUUUAUUUCAAUACCUUAAAAUCUUUUCUGCCAUAUUGCAGCAAAAACAGCCAUAUUUAAUAGAUGCCUUCCAGGUCUAUAGUAGUACUUUUACCCCCUAGGGAUCAAAAAACCUUAUUAGUCCCUAGGGCUUGAUAAUAGCAAUCAUAAUUAUUUAUCGAUUUAUUUAAUCAGUUGCAGUUUAUUGUUGCAUUCUUGACAAUAUAUUGAUACAGUAGAGAGUCGAAAAUCUGAACGUCAAAAAUCUGAACCGCUCCUGAGCAUUUAAAAAAAUUGAAUUACACAUUAGCAUAGAACUAGUACAUUGCUAGAAUUAGUAGCAUAGAGACAACAGAUGUUUUACAAUUUCGCGAGCCAAACAGUCGGCACCUGGCAGGGAAAUGAGUGAACAUGCCGAGCCAGUCUGUUUUGUUCGUUUCCAAUGUAUAAGCUCUACAGUUAUAUAACAAAAAUACCUAAGUACAAAAAUCAUUAUUUUUAUUUCAUUGACUGUAU